AUGGAACAAUUGAAAGAAUCUUUUGAUAUAGUAAAUAUAUGUUAAUAAUAGUAAAUAGGGAUAUCUAUGUAUUUGCGAUUCUGGAAUAACAUUUGGAAAUGAUUCAAAAUAAUUUUUUGGAUCAUCUGUAUACAUUGGAUUUGAUAUGAUAAAUAAAAGACACUUGAGAGAGUUUACAAUUUCAACAACAGUAGCAUCUACUGCUACAUGUAUAGUAUCAGGAGGUGCUGCUAGUCCUAUGAUAUAUAUUGGAUAUUUAUAUUAUCUGUGA